CUGCUGAAGAAGUCAGGUACCUUCUCUCUGCGUUUAGAGCAGCAGUCAUUUAUCAGAGUCUGGCAAACAAAGCUGUCCUCUGUGUUGCUAGCGGGGAGCUUUUGUGGCUAUACAAUUAUUUAUUUGAGAAAUUCAUCGGUUCCGACAGAAAAAGCCAGAGAAGAAGAGUGAGAUUAAAGAGUUUGGUCCCUUUUCAGUGUCCAUCCUCUCAGCCUGAUUUAAAGAAGAUUUUUUUCCUGAUCUCCGGGGAACCAUGAGCUUCCUUUUUGGCAACCGUUCGUCCAAAACAUUCAAGCCCAAGAAGAAUAUCCCGGAGGGUUCUCAUCAGUAUGAGCUGUUGAAACACGCCGAGGCGACGCUGGGGAGUGGAAACCUGCGCAUGGCGGUCAUGUUGCCCGAGGGGGAAGACUUAAAUGAGUGGGUCGCCGUCAACACGGUGGAUUUCUUCAACCAGAUCAACAUGCUGUACGGCACCAUCACAGACUUCUGCACAGAAGAAAGCUGUCCAGUCAUGUCUGCCGGUCCUAAGUACGAGUACCAUUGGGCCGACGGAACCAACAUCAAGAAGCCCAUUAAAUGCUCAGCCCCCAAGUACAUCGAUUACCUCAUGACGUGGGUGCAGGACCAGCUGGAUGAUGAAACGCUUUUCCCUUCAAAGAUCGGCGUUCCCUUUAAGCGCAACUUCAUGUCUGUGGCGAAGACCAUCCUGAAGCGGCUGUUCAGGGUUUACGCGCACAUCUACCACCAGCACUUUGACUCCGUCAUGCAGCUGCAGGAGGAGGCCCACCUCAACACUUCUUUCAAACACUUCAUCUUUUUCGUACAGGAGUUCAACCUCAUUGACAGGAAAGAACUGGCCCCACUACAGGAGCUGAUUGAGAAACUCACCACUAAGGAUAGAUAAGCAGCGAUGCAGACAUGUAUUUUAUCUUUCUAGUUUUUUGCACAGAUUCCCACCCCCUCCUCUGGCUGUAUGUAUGCAGUAUGUACUACAUGGAUUUCCAUUUGGGGAAAUGUUUUUAAUAUUGCCAGGAAGACGGCUGGGUUUUUGAUAGGUUUAAGGCACCAGGACUAAUUUUUUUCUUUUUAUUAUUAUUAUUAUUAUUAUUAUUAUUAUUAUUAUUAUUAUUAUUAUCAUCAUCGUCAGGGAUUAUAGACUUGAUUAACAUAGAUAGAGAAACAAAAAAACAACAAUUAGGUGUAUGGAAGAGAAUCCCUUGUAUCCACACAUGACGAUGAUAAAUUAGAAUUAGGAAGACAUAUUGUAUGUUUUCCCUCUUUUGUUUCGUUCUCCGUUGAAAGGUCAGACUUUAGCCGACUGCUGUAGUUGCCAUCAGUACAGAAGAACCCUAAGUGCCUCGCACGGCUCAUCGUCGCCCUAUACCAGCAACGAGAACUGUCCGAAGAUUAAGGCCAUAUUUGAUCGACAUAUUUCAAGUUUUCAACCUACCUCCCUUUAGACCUAAACAGCCCUGAAUUUCCAUAUUUGUUACUUUAUUCUUUACCUUUUAUUGGAUGGAUUUUUUUCUUUUUCUGUAAGCUCCCAAAUUGGCUCCUUUUAUUUAUUUAUUUUUAUUUGUAUUUUUGCAAGUCGUCUUGUGCUCUGAGAGGGUGAUGAUAAAUGAAUGUGUCAAAGGUUAUAGAAGUGAGGCUAGAGUUUUUUUUUUUAUUAUUAUUUUUAUUUUUAUUUUAGAGCAGGGACUAAUAUUAAGAAUACUACUAAUAAUAAGCUCUUAGGUUUGUCCCUGCGUGCUAGUUUCCUCCUUUAAACGCUCAAACCUUUCGAGUAGAAACAUUUAGCGAGGGAUCGGAAACCUUCAACUGUACAUACAUACCUGCAGAUAGAUACAGAUGCAUAUUUAACCUCCACUGUUUGAGAACUUAUAAGCAGUUUUGAGUCGGAUAACGCUAUAAAGCUUGGUAUCUGGAUGGCCAUGAAGCACUUUGAACAAGUUUUCAAACCACUCUUGCCUGAAUGUUUCUCCUCUGCGUAUGUCGGAACGUUGUGAGAAGAUGUGUCAUGUGACUGAUCGUAUGCAGUAGAGCUCAAACGUAUACACGUAUAAUUUCAGGGUUUUUUGUUUUUUUUUUGAGAGCUAAAAAUGUGAGAUCAUGAUGGAUAAACUUUCCAGACUUCUCCCCACCUUUUAGCGCAACAAAAUUGUGCAAUUUAAAAGCUACGCUAACGAAUCCGUUUUGGGACGGAACUCAAAAAAAGUAGAAAGUGUCCGCGCCCUUGAACGAACCUGAACUGUAUCAUACUUUUGCAUGAGAUCCCUUUGUUCAUCUACAAACUACAACUUUAAAUUUAAAUGCUGGAAUUUAAAUUUAGAUUUAAUUAUUAUUAUUAUUAUUUUUUUUUAAAGUUGUGCAAGUAAUUACUACAUUACAUUGAAGGUGGAAAACGUUGGAAAUGACUUACGCUCAAACUCUUAAAAUCCUGAAAUUUUAACAGUUGAGUUUUGAGAGCUACUGUAUCUUUUUCCUCAUAUUUUUCCAAAUGAAUGUUAAAUGGAUCCAUUUGCUACGAGGUUAGCUGUAAGGCACAACUAAUGAUUUAUUCUACUUAUGUGAUUUUUCUGUCUUUCUUUCUUUUUGUUGCUGUGCUUUAAAAAGUUGAAGCAUGCUCCCAUUUCUUAAUGUAAAAGUUUAGUUGCUAUGCAAUGACUGAAACACUAAACGGGUCACCAGUUGGCUCUUUAGUGCGCUAAAUCUUAAUAAUCGUAAAAGUUCUUAAAUUUGGCUGGGACAGAAAUGAAAAAACCCGUCCGCUUUAGCUCAAAAACAGCGAUAUUCGGACGUUUCCUCAGAAUUUGUCAAAUGUAAUAUUGAUGCACACGUGUAAAUACUGAGGACUGACUGAUUUUUUUUUUGAAGUGAGCAUGGAGUAGUGGCUUUCUCUUAAAUGAAUAUAUUGAGUCUUUUUAGAGGCUGCUUCGUCUCCUUUAUUCAGUUAUUGAAAACUUCUGUUUUGCAUAUUUAAUGUUUGUUUCACUUUCUUUUCUAAUUAAUAUUAUGAAUGUUACUGAUCAGCAGAUACUCUGAGGUGUAAUAGAAUAUGAGAUGCCCACAACGAAGCCUCCAGCCUACAGUUGAUCCUCUUUGCUUUAUUGAUUGAUGAGAUGUUUGUAAAUAAUGGCUUGACAUGGAUUUUCAGUGCUACUGAAUUGGUUUAUUCUGUUUACAAGGCAAAUAAAGGCGGUCUUGACUCGCUGA